GGCUGGCUAUAUAAAUGUACAUGCGUGUACAAGACAUACACGCAGCGAGCGAGCCACGAAAUAUUCACAGAUUUUUAUUCCGAUUUAUUUUACUUUUGUUUUUCCCUGAUUGGAUAUUAGAGUGCAAGAGAGAGAGAAGGGAGAGAGAGAGAGAGAAUGGGAAGGGGAAGAGUGGAGUUGAAGAGAAUUGAGAACAAGAUCAACAGGCAAGUUACCUUCGCUAAACGAAGGAACGGGCUUUUGAAGAAAGCUUACGAGCUUUCCGUUCUUUGUGAUGCCGAGGUUGCUCUCAUCAUCUUCUCCAAUAGAGGAAAGCUGUACGAGUUUUGCAGCAGUUCAAGCAUGCUCAAAACGCUAGAGAGGUACCAGAAAUGUAACUAUGGUGCGCCUGAGGCUAAUGUGUCUACACGGGAAGCCUUGGUAAUGGAGUUAAGCAGUCAACAAGAGUACUUGAAGCUGAAGGCACGUUAUGAGGCCCUGCAACGGUCCCAGAGGAACCUUAUGGGCGAAGAUCUUGGUCCUCUUAGCAGCAAAGAGCUUGAAUCUCUUGAAAGGCAGCUAGAUUCGUCCUUGAAACAAAUAAGAUCAACAAGGACGCAGUUCAUGCUGGAUCAGCUCUCUGAUCUUCAGCGUAAGGAACACUUGCUGAGUGAGGCUAACAGGUCUCUCAGACAAAGGCAGUUGGAAGGGUAUCAAAUAAAUCCACUCCAACUGAAUCCUGGAGUUGAAGACAUGGGAUAUGGCAGGCAUCCAUCUCAAGCUCAGGGUGACGCACUCUUUCAACCAUUGGAGUGUGAGCCAACGUUACAAAUUGGGUAUCAGCCUGAUCCAGUAUCAGUGGUGACAGCAGGUCCAAGCAUGAGCAAUUACAUGGCAGGAUGGUUACCAUAGUAGGGAUCCUGCAGAAGAUCCAAUGCAGCAGCACAUUUGCCGUUCCAAUUUUAUUUGAAAACGAAAAAAAUGAGGAAAAAUUUCUUUGGGAUGUAAUGAAGCUGUAAGUGUCUACCGUGUAUGAUGUAGGAACAAAGUUAAGCAGUGUUGUUUGUGUGUGCGCUUUCAUAAAACUGCACUUUGCUUCGGUUUAUGUUUCUUCCCUUAUAAUAAGAGUAAUCAUAGACAAAUUUAAA